GUGCUUUUAUUCUGAAGGCUGUAAGCGGAAGCGCUACAUCGUAAUACGGUCGACGUGACGCAGACACUGCUCGACUCCUUCCUGUUGGGAAACAAACCAUCGAUAAUUGAGAGCUAGUAGAGGAAAAAAACCAGAUAAAACAUUGUUUAAAAGUGACAUUUGUUUUGUAGGCGUCGAGUGGGUUUGGAUACGAGCUUUUUAUUCGACCGGAAACAUGGGGAACUGCCACACCGUCGGACCCAACGAGGCCCUGGUGGUUUCAGGUGGGUGCUGUGGCUCGGAUCAGAAGACGUAUGUCGUGGGAGGCUGGGCUUGGGCCUGGUGGCUCAUCUCUGACAUCCAGAGGAUAACGCUUGAGAUUAUGACCCUGCAGCCGAAGUGUGAGGAUGUAGAGACAGCGGAGGGUGUAGCUAUUACUGUCACUGGGGUGGCUCAGGUGAAGGUGAUGACAGAAAAUGAGCUGUUGGGUUAUGCCUGCGAACAGUUCCUGGGGAAGUCUGUCGUUGAGAUCAAGAGUGUCAUCCUGCAGACCCUUGAGGGUCACCUGCGCGCCAUCCUUGGCACCCUAACUGUCGAGCAGAUUUACCAAGACCGAGACAAAUUUGCCUGUCUGGUUCGAGAGGUGGCAUCACCAGAUGUGGGCCGCAUGGGCAUCGAGAUCCUCAGCUUCACAAUCAAGGAUGUGUAUGAUAAAGUGGAUUACCUGAGCUCGCUGGGAAAAACUCAGACCGCUGCGGUACAGAGAGAUGCAGACAUCGGAGUGGCAGAGGCAGAGAGAGACGCUGGCAUCAGGGAAGCUGAGUGUAAGAGGGAAAUGAUGGAUGUCAAGUUCUUAGCUGACACAAAAAUGGCCGACUCCAAACGAGAGCUGGAAAUGCAAAAAGCUUCCUUUAACCAGGAAGUGAACACAAAGAAAGCAGAGGCUCAGCUGGCGUACGAGCUGCAGGCGGCCAAAGAGCAGCAGAAGAUCCGUCUGGAGGAGAUUGAAAUCGAGGUGGUGCAGAGGAAGAAGCAGAUCGCCAUUGAGGAGAAGGAGGUCAUCCGCACUGACAAGGAGCUUGUCGCCACCGUGAAGAGACCUGCCGAGGCGGAAGCCUAUAAGAUGCAGCAGCUGGCUGAGGGACGGAAGAUAAGGACUGUGCUGACGGCGCAGGCAGAGGCAGACAAGAUCCGCCUCAUCGGUGAAGCCGAGGCCUCCUCUAUCGAAGCGGUGGGCAAGGCAGAGGCCGAGAAGAUGAGGCUGAAGGCUGAAGCCUACCAGCAGUACGGCGAGGCAGCCAAGACGGCUCUGGUCCUGGAGGCUCUGCCCUUGAUUGCCAGUAAGGUGGCUGCACCCCUGUCCAAGACCAGCGAGAUUGUCAUCCUGAGUGGAGAUGGCAGCCGCGUGACCGGAGAGGUGAACCGUCUAUUAGCUGAACUCCCGGUGUCCGUCAACGCCCUCACUGGAGUGGAUCUGACUAAGAUCCCUCUGUUCCAGAAGAUGAUGAGCCCACAGUGCCAAACAGCCAUCUGAAGAAUCAGGCCAGAGAAUCGUCACUCUGAAUCCUUCGACAUUUAUCUGCCUCAAGCAUGAGAGUUCUUUUUUUAUUUUUGAGGAGUCAGCCUCUGACCCCUUAUGCAACUGCCUUUGACCAGAAACACUUGAUAUCCACCAAGAAGUUUUUAAAAAACAUAUUUUUAAGAGGUUGUUUUAUUUUCUAAAGGAAAAAAAAAAAAUCUGGGGCCUUAACUUCCAAAGGACCAGACUAUAUGUAUCUUCUGUUGUUUUUAGUUUUUAGACUCAUUGAUCUUUAUCACACUGCUCUAGUGGAUUUUAAGCUGAUUUUAUGCUGCACUCUAGUUCUGUCAUCCAGAGCAGACUGGGUUGUUUUUGAGAGACAAAAGCCUGAGUUGGCCCACUUUGAAUGUCGUGGUGUUAAACAUUAUAUUUAGAAAUAUAAAAACACUGGAAACAAUCCAAAACAAUAAGACCAAAUCUGAAUAUUGUUCUCUUAAGAGCUGCUUGAGUUUUGCCUGAAGUUUGGAGUGCACCUCCUCUCUGUCAGGUGUUAUGGCAUUUAUUCACCUUGGGAGCAGAGUGUCCCACCUCCUGCCCCUCAUCCUCAAACAGUGGUCAGAGCCCAGAUAGUGAAGUAACUCCCAGUAGACUGAGCCCUGUGUGUGGAAUAGUGCAGCUCUCAUUUCCUCUUUGCUUUUAAAACAAUUUUUCUUCUAGAUUACUUAAUUUUAACUCCGAGAACUCGAUGGAUUACCAAACCGCUGUUACACUUAACGCUCCCUAGAUCUUAACCCACUGUGAUUGUAGAAUUUGCAGCAUAUUAUAAUAUCGUUAACAUAUGAAUCACUUGUCUGAUCGUUCUUACCUCGCGGUACACCUUCAUGUUGUCUUUUUGUUCUCAUGUGCAGUGCCUGAUCACCACUCAAGUGCCCAAACCUUAGGACAGUGGUUUGGAUUUAUGUCCGAGUACAUUACUGUGUUAAAGAUGGAUGAUGUUUUUAAUAUUGCUCCCUGUUCGCAUAACAUCUGCUUAUACUAACAAGUAUUUACUCUUCACUUUUGUCCCGUGUUUAGACACAUAGGCAAAUACAAACGCUAAGCAAACGUAUAACAAGAAGCCAUAUUUAGAGAAGAUUAGCCUUAAAAUGAUAAUCCUGGACGCCUGCCAGGCCUACUGAACAUUUAUUUUUAACUAAGUAGCUCAUGGUAGACGUUCAGGGUCUGAGCUUUAAUUCAUUUUAUUACUCCUCUCUUUUCCUCCUACUCGGAUGUGGUAGCGUGUUUUCUCCCAUGUCGUUUGAAAUGUUCACCCUUGCAGACUGUGUGCAUAUUUUGUAACCUUUUAAGAGUCUCUGCGGGGUCAAAGGUUGCCGCUGUGCUGCUUAUCUGACCAAACCCAAUCUGUGAUGACAAAGCAGGAAUUCGAUGUUGAGAUCAGUCGGUCGUCGACUCAUUAAGUUGGAAGAUAAGCAUGUGCUCAGGUUGGAAACACGUGUGCGGUGUUUGUGCUCGGGAGAUCUUCAGUUUGGUAAAUGUAAUGUAAAGCAGUUGGACCAAUCACUUCUUUCUAAAUCUAAGUGAAGCAUAAAACUUUAUUUUUUUCUUGAUGAUAAGGUCAAUCGAAUUACUACAGUAGACUGUUACAAUCAUUUAACUGUCCAAAGCCAGAUGGCAAAAAAGUGUUCGAUCCUCUCUUGUGACACAGUGUGCUACCGUUUUCAACCUCUAGAUGGCAGGAUCGUCACAGGAUUUGUACCCAUAUUGAGUGACUCUUCAACAUCAUUGAUUUUGUUGUUAGAAAUUCCAUCAUUUUAUUUUCAUAUCACACUUUUGCCACAUCAUUCAACCUGCCUGCAGUUAAGUAGUGCUGCCCUUUCUCCGUUUUGCGAUUUGCCUUCUGGUUAAACGUGAAUCAUCAUUAACCACUUUACAGAAUCUGUGACCUUUUUAAAUGUGUUGUUUUAAUUUUGCCACUGAUCGUUUUGAAGUUUUUACAAUCAAACCAUUUUCUUUACCUUCUGUGAAUAAACACGAGGCUUGUGACUCGUUUGGUCUGAGCAAAAUUUCAUCUGUUUUUCUAUUUUUUACAUAAAAGUUACGAUUCCCGCCAAAUUCAAAUGUGUUUCUGCAACUCUUUCACCGGCUGUUAAUGUUGGGGAAAUUGCUGCCUGGUUUGGCGCAGAUACAUAAUACUUUUAACAUGUAGACGUUCACCAUGUGAUUGGCAACAUCUAAAAUCAGUCAUUAGCCAAGAUCAUCAUGGUCUCAUUUUCAUGGAGCAGUUGCAGAUUCGUCUGACAGUUUAAAAAGUGGCAACUCCCAUGUUUUUGGUUUUUUUUACAUAUCUGAGAAUAAUCAUCUGUGUUUGUUUCCAGACUGGCUGUAGGUUAACUCAUCUAAAUUGUAUGGUUAAAAAUUUGUAAUGCUCCUUUGUAAUGCUCCUUUUAUUUAGGAAAGUAGAUUUUGUUAUUGUACACAGUGCCUUCGUUAGAUAAGGAAGAGGCCAUUCAUACUAAAAUGUGCAGUUUAUCGGGAAAAGGGUGUAUUAUAUCAUGAAUUUACUGUAAAACAAUGACAUGCUUAUAAAACAUCUGAACCUUAUACAUAUAUAGUGUUCGUCUGUCAGUUUUCUGUUUUCUGUUUUAUGUACUUUACAUUCUGUGAUGCAAAUGUACAAAAGAACACCCACAUACAUAAAUACCUAGUUAAAUAUUAGAUAUAAAUGUAGCAUUUGAUAGAGUCUACUUUGGAAUCUGGACACCUCAAAGGGUUUCCAUUCAUUUUUUUGGCCAUUAUAUUUUGUGCCAAAAAUAAAGUUUCUCGAUUUGCAUUGUCUAAUAAGAAUAAAGGCAACUUCCUGUUGCUCAAAGUUAAAUUUUGGAGGAGAACGUGAUUAAAGACCAAACACUACACAGACCUACGCUUUAACUCGUCUUCACCCGAAACAUGUUCAUCUGUUGUCUGUCAUGGGAAUAAUCUGUAAUCUCUAUGAAAGUUGUAUUGUGGCUUCUCAUGUUACACUGGCCUUUGUUAAACUGGUCGAGCAUGGCAUUUUCAAGCACGUCUUCAUGUUGUUCUGUGUUGUGUGCCGCCCUAUAAUAAACAUUAUAUCACUUCC